UUUCCAGCUUUUCAGAAUUUGUUUCCUGUCAAUGCUCCAGUUGUUCUACCCCAAGCUGCACGUCCUGAUGAAAGCUAAUGAUCAGAUAGGGACUGAGCUCCCUCUCUGAUGCUGCCUUACAAAGCAUAGCGUAUGCAAAGUGCAGAGUAGAGGUAGGGCAUAGGUGCUCUGUAGAUGAACAAUAGCUCAAUUUUUGCAUGCUUUUGCAUUUAAAAUGACCAACAGUCUGACUGGAAACUAAAGUGAGAACCUGUUGUCUCAGCGUCCUUGUGAGAUUGAUACAGUCACCGAGGAACUGCAGAAAGGACCGCAGCUUACUGACCAGUUUAUUCCAUAAAGGAAUCCUCCCAAAGCCCUUGGAGUCUGGAAAUAAUGUCUGGUAUUGCUCCUCCAUUGCCUGCUCGACCCAAAAGACCCAACCAACAAGUGGAAAGAACUUUGUCUGACAAUGAGUUGACUUACGGAUCUGAGGACGGAGCUACCUAUGAGCCGCCUCCAACUGAAAGGCCCAAGAUAAGUCCAGGGACAAUCAAAUCUAUUGGUAAUAAUGUUUAUGUAGGUUCCACACCAGUGCCUCCUCCACCAAGCCAAACCCGGCCUCCAAUGCCCGUUUCCACAGAGGACGCUGACAGUGCUGAGUAUCUGGAGUUUGACAACAUAGAAAGGAAAGGAAGUAAACCUAUAUCUGGUCCCAGAUCACUGACAACUCCUCCACGGGGAGGAAUUUUACCUCCAGUGGGAACUCCUGCCGUUCCUGUCGGAAAAUCAAUUCCCGGGAAACUUGCCUUACCUUCAGAAGAAGUUCGAAGGACACCUACAAUGGGAAUUUCACAGGGUCAAACUAGAUUUGGUCUACUUGUGCCAACUCCAUUUGUUCAGAGUGGAUCCUUCCCAAGAAUGCAGGAAAGCUACAUGGGGAACACGAGCGGCAGCAUGGCAUCUUCUUCGCAGGGUUCUGGUGGAGAGAAUGCCUGUUUACAAGCUAAACCCUGGUUUGCAAGCAAGUGUGAUCGAAAGACAGCAGAAGUUGCAUUGUUUGAAAACGGCAAGGAUGGUGCAUUCCUAGUGCGACCCAGUUCAAGAGGGAACAGAAACCAACCCUACACUUUGGCAGUGUUGUACCGGAGAAAAGUUUUCAACAUUCCCAUUCGCUCUAAUGAAUUCAGAAGUCACUAUAUUCUUGGCAAGGCAAAGGCAGGAGAGAAGAUCUUUAACAACCUUCCAGAACUGAUUGAGUAUUAUCAGCAGAAAUCACUGAUCCUGAUUAAUGAGCAGAACCAGACUAAAGAUGCCACCCUAUUGCUUUACUCUGUCCGACCAGGAGCGUCAACCAACAGAUGUUCCAACCUGCUCUGAAACGACACGUCAACGUUGGUAUCUGGGUCCUUCAGGAACAAGGAGUGGUCUGUCUGCCUUCCAGUCAUCAGACUCGGGACUGCCGAUACCCAUAACCAUUUGGAAAAAAAUUUCCACAAGCCAAGUUAAUA